UUCGAAUUUUCAAUCAACGUCAAACGAACUUCAAAAUCAAAUCAAAAUGAACAAAUUUUUAUCCGUAUCCAAAAUAACGUAAAUCCGUAAUAUUUUUGUACAAAACUUAAAAAUUUUAGUCGUCCAAUUGUAAGAAACUACCAAGUUAAAGAAAACUACAAAAUGUUAAAUGGAACUCUUCGAUACUGCAGUCACAUAAGAUGUUUCAACCCUGUGAUUGCUGUAACUAACAACGGGUUUCUCGAGGCUGCUACUUUAUUUGGAAGUUUAAGAAACUAUUCAAACAAGGGCGGUUGCUGCAAAGACAUAGCCCCGACUCAAGGCAAGAACGUAGAACCGUGGCCCAAGACUGACCCGAUGGCGUCCGCGUGGCGCCCAGAGUGCCCCUGUGAGCCCCAACCGCCAAAUUAUGACCCCUACAGGAUCAAAGUACCAGAUGUUGUCGUUCCACCGCUUCCUCCUAGCAAUGCGAAGCCCAUGCUGGAAUGCACGCGUACAAAGGGACCCUGUUCCGUAAAGCCGGUACCAGACCCUCCGCCGUGCCCUCCGCCGCCGCCGCCUCCCUUCCCUUGGAUAUACGUCUGGUCCGUGCUAUCGUUCUUCGGACUUAUGGGAUUGAUAUACCAGUUAUUUCUAUGGAAGGAUGAGCAUGAUAGAUUCAAUGCGCGCGUUGUGACUUGGCGCCCUCGACGGAAAAUAAGGCGUCCGUUCCACAGCGAAGACCUCCCUGCGUGUGUGCAGUACCUUAUCAUAGGCACCGGUGCUGCCGGCUGGGCUGCCUACCGCGCCAUCAUGGAACACGACAAGACUGCGAAGGUUUUCUUCAUCACAAAAGAGGACUGCCUGCCUUACAACCGCAUGCCAAUGUCGAAACAUAUGUGGUGGAACCAUGACCCCCCUGAUAUGAAGAAGCUGAACUACGUUGAAGACUUGAAGAGGAAGACGAUGUACUACGCCGAUUGCAAAUCCUUCAUGGAUCCGAUAGCGUUCUACCGCAAGAAGACUGGCCCGGCGGUGUCCGUGGCGACAGGCUGGUGCGUGCUGCGCGUAGACGCCGACGACCACGUGGCCUGGAUCAAGACCUUGUGCGGGGAACAGCCGAUGUACUACGAGAGGUGUCUUAUGGCCGUUGGAGCAAAACCCAAGAACCUGGACAUAUUUAAAUCAGCUCCGAAGUUUGUAAGAGAGCGCGUGCAAACGCUCCGCACCAUCCGAGACCUGGAAAUGGCGUACCGCAAGGUGAAGGCGGCCAAACACGUGGUCAUACUGGGCGGCGGCUUCCUGGGCAGCGAACUGGCCUGGUAUCUGGCCAGGAUGAGCAAGGAAGUACAGCGUCACGACGACGAAGAAGAACAGCCCAUUGAAUUCGUCCAGAUGGUCAAAGAUAAGGGGAUCCUAGCGGGCAUUCUGCCCGAAUACCUCGCCGAGUGGGCGGCUGAGAAGAUCAAAGGCGAAGGUGUAACCGUAAUGCCCAAGACUCAAGUAUAUGACGCGUUCCAGUCAGAGGACGGGCGGCUCCAGUUGACCUUGUCUAACGGAUCUUCACUAGUCACUGAUUAUGUGCUGGUGGCACUAGGCGCAGAGCCGCGAGAGGAGCUGGCUGAACCGUCAUUCCUGGAGCUCGACCGCGUGAACGGCGGGUUCCUCGUCAACACGGAGUUGGAGGCUAGAACUCAUCUGUAUGUGGCCGGAGACGCAGCAAGCCUCUAUUCUCAAUGGAAGGACACUCGUCUUCGCAUGGAGCACUAUGGAAAUGCGCAGGAACAGGGCUACAUUGCCGGAGCCAAUAUGACCGGCUACUGGACCCCUUGCAAUAUGGAGCCACACUUCUACUUCCGCCUCGGUGAUUCUUUGGACGUGGAGGGUGUGGGCGAAGUGGGCGCCUGCAUGCCCACGGUGGCGCUGUUCAAGCCGUGUAACGAGGCGAGCAAGCCGCAAGCGCCGCCAGCCGGCGAGGGAGACAGGCCGUGCUUCAAGAAGGCUGACGAGUACAAGAACAGGUACAAAAGAGGCUUGCUGUUCUACUUGCGAGACGAAACUAUAGUCGGCUUCGUGUUCUGGAACCUUCCCCCCGUGGACGACCGAUAUGAAGUGGCCACCGAGAUCCUCCGCGCUCGUCCAUCGUACAAGGACAUCAACUUGAUCGCGGAGCUGUUCGGGUUCCCGCAGGCCAAGUGCGACUAUAGCAACGAGUUGGCUGAACAAGAGUCAAGCCCUUGCAUCAAGAAUUGGCGCUUCGCAUAAACUACCUACUGUCGGUCUGAAGUUAAAUGAAGAGCUAAUAUAAAGUUUUUUAGUGAUCAAAGUUACAAAUAAAUUGUUGUGUAAAAU